AUGGAGACUGUGGAGAAUUGUGUGAGGGAUGCUAAAAGUGAUAGGAAAAUUGUUGAUGAUAUUGUUCUUGUUGGUGGAUCUACUAGAAUUCCCAAGGGACAACAACUAUUGCAAGAUUUCUUUAAUGGUAAGGAGCUUUGCAAGAGCAUCAAUCCUGACGAAGCAAUUGCAUAUGGUGCUGCCUUACAGGCUGCAGUUUUGCGUGGUGGCAUCGAGAAGGUUCAAGACUUACUCUUGUUGGAUGUAACUCCACAUUCCCUUGGUUGUAUGCGUUACACAGGAGAAUAUAGAGUUUAUGUCCCAAGAAACACUACCAUUCCCACCAAAAAACUAAAAUGGCCACAACUAGGGGGGUUAUCUAGAGUGGAAAUUGAGAGCAUGAUCAAGGAAGCAGAGAAGUACAAGUUAGAGGACCAGGACAAUAACGAGAAAGUGAAGGCUAAGCCUGCAUUGGUAGACUGCCUAUAA